AAUCACGUGUCACGCUGGAAGCGUUUUCCCGCCCUCUCUUCUCGAGGCGUUUAACAUCACUUCUCUCUUCUCGAGUUAUUUAACAUCACGAAGUUUCGCUGAUUAGUGAAACUUUAUUUUUUUGGUCGCUGUCCCACAGUUAGAAAGAAAGACUAAAGUUCUCACGGUUUUACUGGAAGAAACUGAAAGAAGGAAGUGCAGCAGCCCGACAGACCCAGAGUAAGUCACCAUGGUUCAGGCUAAGUCAUGGACUCUGGUCAAGCAUUUCGAUGGCUUCCCAAAGGAGGGCAACUUCCAGCUCAAGGUGGAGGAGCUUCCUGAGCCUAAAGAUGGAGAGGUGCUUCUGGAAGCGGUUUUUCUCAGUGUGGAUCCAUACAUGAGGCCGUUCAGCAGGUUCCACAUGAAGGAAGGGGACGUGAUGAUCGGAACGCAAGUGGCGAAGGUGGUUCAGAGUAAAAACCCAGCAUUUCCUGUGGGGAGCCACGUUGUGAGCAACAGUGGUUGGAGGAGCCACUCAGUCAGCGACGGGACAGACCUCACUCCCAUCAUGGCUGACUGGCCUUCAGACGUUUCGCUGUCUCUGGCUCUGGGUACCAUCGGCAUGCCAGGGCUGACGGCUCUGUACGGAAUAGAGGAGGUUCUCGGACUGCAGGAGAACGAGACUCUGCUGGUGAACGCCGCAGCCGGAGCUGUGGGAAACGUGGUGGGACAGAUCGCCAAGAUCAAGGGCUGCAAGGUGGUGGGUUCGGCCGGGUCAGACGCCAAAGUGGCUUACCUGAAGGAGCUGGGCUUUGACGAGGCUUUCAACUACAAAACUGUCCCUUCCCUGGAGGAGGCGCUGAAGAAGGCAGCUCCUGAAGGAUAUGACUGUCUCUUUGAAAAUGUCGGAGGUUAUUUUUCAACUGUCGCCCUUCAACAAAUGAAGACCUUUGGAAGAAUAGCCGUGUGUGGGAGCAUCUCCACUUACAACGACGGCACACCUCAGACAGGGCCUUACCCACACAUGACGAUGAUUGUCAAGCAGCUCAAGAUGGAGGGUUUCGUGCAAAACAGGUGGCAGCACAAAAACCCAGAAAGCCUCAAGAGAAUGAUGGACUGGCUAAAAGAGGGGAAGCUGAAGUACAGGGAGCACGUCACAAAAGGAUUUGAAAACAUGCCAGCUGCUUUUAUGGGGCUGCUGCGCGGAGACAACAUCGGGAAGGCCGUUGUUGCAGUGUGACCUCUUGCCAAUGGGAGGCGCUGACGAAUUCACGCACGAGGAAGGCAGUGUCGAUGAAGGGGGUUCUUCGUAAAUUGUUGGUGUACAUUUCUUAGAUAUUUCUGUUGAUGGGGUUAUAAAUGAGUUUGGAACUUUUAGUUUAGUCAAACUUUCUUUGAAGAAUCAUUAAAACAUUAAAUGUGAAACAGUGUACCAACCUGAACACUUGACAAUGUGACCUUUGGGGGCUGCUGAUAUGGGUGCAGCCCAGAAAGGCCCCACCCAUUCUUGGGGUUAUGCAACUUCUCCCAAGCCUCACUUCCCUAAUCUUUUUGUACUUUGCCUCACUUACAGAUAGCUGAGGUUUCCUUUUGAGGGGUGAGCUAACUGACUGUCCAGUCUGUGGCUUUUGUUUUCUUCUGCUUACUUCCUGUUUCUUGGUAUACAUGCAUUUUAUAUCCACCAUAGCUAAAGUUGCAUGAAAAGUAUUCAGGAGACCUGAAAAAUUGGUGGUUCUGGAGAAAAGAAGGAAGAAGUUAAUUCAGUCCUAUGAUAGACCAACAUGAAGUAGUACUUAUAAUACAAAUCUGAAAUGUAGGGAAUGCAUUUGUGUUCAGACCUCCUGAGUCAAGACUUUGCAGAACCAUUUUCUCCUGGUUUCACAGUACUUCUUUGCAAAAUAGCUCAAGCACGGUCAGAGUGGAUGGAGAUGAUCUGCAAGCGUUCAUUUUUGAUUCUAUCCCAAGCAACACUAACAUCACUACUUCAUUCUGGUCUAUCACAAAAACCCCAUUGAAAAUAAAUGUAGGUUUGUGGUGACUAAAUGUUAGUCAGACUUCAAGAGGCAUGAAUACUUUUUGGAAGCUCUAGUAUCUUCACAGCCUUACUUUACUAUAAAAGUUUACUUUUGUGCUUGUAAUAGGUUUCUAAUGGUGGUUAUAUAGACUACAAACCUAUUCAUUUGUUGUAACGAAACACAAGAGUAAAGAUUACUAGGAUGUUAUACAUACUCACAACUUUGCAAAUACUGUUGUUGAUUUAACAUACAGUGUAUUGUACUUGUCUUUAGUAUUUACUGCAAGCUUUUGUAUGAAAAAAUAAAUGAUAAAAAAAAAAUUCUGAAAUCUGUUAGGGGGGGUACACAAAUAAAACAUAUUUUAUUGUUGUGA